UCUUCCUCUUGGAUUUUUUUUUAAGGUAAGUCGGAUUAAUCUUAGAUAAAUGAUAUGUUAUAGUUUCUAAGCCUAUUUGUUGAUUCUUGAUGGUUUCUUUGAAAUUAUUUUUAAAUGGGUUUGUUCUGAAACCUUGGAUUUUCCCAUCUUCCUCUUAGGAAGUUUAUUAUGCGUGUUUUUGUUUGAAGGAUUUGUGUGAUUUCUACUAUUCACACAAAAUUUUUUCCUCCAAAAACAUAAAAUCAAACACCUAUUUUUCAUUUGUUAUAUUAUACUAAAAAUUAAUUUUACAUUUAAAACAUCACAUCAAUACAUAUUCACAUCAUACAACUAUUCAAAUUCAAAUUUUUACUAUUCAAAUCUCAAUCCAAAAUCCAAACCUCCAAACAGACAUACCCUAGGAUGAUGUUUAGGGUUUAUAGGGAAAUUUACGGUUAUUUAAGUAGGAAAGUGAAUGAUUUGUGAAACGGGUUAGAAACCCUAAUUUUUCCCUAACCUAGUUUACGAAUUUUGAGGAAAUAAUGUGCGAUUAUCUUAAAUAUUAGAUUUUUGGAGUUAGAUUAUGCCUAUUUGGAUGGUCAUAUUGUCUAAAUGUUUAUUUGGCGAAAUAAAGUGAUAUUUUAUUAAACCAGUUAGAUUUUUAAUACUCUACUUCUUUCUUAGUUAAAUGUUGGCAAUUAGAAUGUUUUGAGUUGAAAACUCUUUUUAAAAUUUGCCCUAAUAGUAUGUAGAGUAUUGAGUCAAAUUGUUAAUUAAAACUACCCGUCGAGUCCGAUCAACUCGUCGAUUCCAAUAAAUAUUUGAAUAAUAUGUCUAUCCCAAUAGGCAUAAUCUAACUCAAAAAACCAUACUACCUCCGUCCGGCUCUAAAAGUUCCAUUUACCUUUUGCGUGUUGAUAUUUGAAUAUUAAUUAUUAUAUCAAAAUAUAGUAUAAAUUAAGAAAAAAUUGCAAAAAUACUUCAAUUAGUGUUUUAUAAUACUAAUAAAAUGAUAUUUGUACAAAACAAAUAUAUAAAUAUAAGAAUAUUUUUAAUGUUAAGCAUAGUUGUCACGGCGCCAUGGCGACGCCACGGCGUUCUAGCGCUUUUCGGAGAGCGCCAGGCGUCACCGCCCCGCCUUGUGACGUACGGCGGUUUGGCGACGCCAUGGCGACGUCGCGGCGUGUGGCCCAAACCCGAAAUCAAGCCUAACCCAAUCCUACCCUUAACUGAUUUCUACCCGAAAUCAAGCCCUACCUGAACCGAACGGUCUGAAUAUAAGUAUCUUCUAAAAACUUGUUUGAUUUGUUGCGCCGCUUCUGGAAUCUCCCUCCCGCUCCAGUCUGCCUCCGCUCCAGUCCGCCGAACCGAAGCCGCUCCAGUCCACCGCGUCACACCAGUCGCCGAACAGAAGCCGCGCUCCUGGGAUUAAAUUUGCUAUGGCCGAAAGUGAAGCGUCAACGAUAGAUCCAACCAAAGAUCCCAAAAGAAAAGCUAAGUCAAAUGAUCCGGGUUGGAAAUAUGCUUUUUGGCCGGACUUGGGAAAUAGAGAUUUGGUAGAAUGUUCCCUUUGCCAUAAACAAGUACGAUCGGGAAUAAAGCGAUUGAAACAACACAUGCUUGGAAAUUCUGGAGAUGUAGAGAAGUAUUAAAAAACUACCGAAGAAAUCCGGAAUGAGAUGCGGGAAUUCCUAAAAAAAAAACAGUAGGAAAGCAGCCUAGUCGUAGUCGUGUUGAAUUAGAUGACGACGACGACAUUGACGACGAUGUUGAUGUGAAUGUUCAAGGAGCAAAGCAAGGGGUAUCGCACGACUCAGUUUCUUAUCUUAGCUCGGGUACUUUGAACAAGAGAAAGCGUUCGCAAUCUGUUCUAAUUUUUUCAUCGAUGCCGUCACAAGGUGAAAAAAAAAGCAAGUCGGUUGCUUCAAUGCUUAGAAAAACCCGGGAGGAAGUCAUUGAGGAAAGACAUAGCAAAACGAGUAGUGGAAGUCAAAGAACAUUGGAAGCGUGUACAAGGAGCAAGGAGGAGAUCGAAAGAUUUCAUGGAUAUAUUGCCGAUUUUUUUUACGAAAAUGGCAUACCAUUCAAUGUGGCAAAGUCUCGAAGUUUUGAGAUAAUGAUUUGAGUCAGCGGGGCAGAUGGGACCGGGUGUAGAAGGUCCAAGUUAUCAUGAAUUACGAUUCCCUCUUUUGGAGAAAACGGUAAAAAGGACGCAAACAUUGAAGGAAAAAUAUAUUAUUGCUUGGAAGCAAUACGGAUGUUCACCUAUGGCCGACGGGUGGACGGAUAAAAAAGGGCGGCAUUUGAUUAAUUUCCUCGUCAAUAGUCCAGAAGGUACAUUUUUUUUUGAGUCGAUUGAUGCAUCAAGUCAAGCGCAAGUUGCAUCACUAUUGACGGAUUUACUUCUGGCGAAAAUUGAAGAAAUUGGAAAAGAAUACGUGGUUCAGAUAGUAACGGACAAUGGUGCCAAUUUCAAGGCAGUGGGUAAAAUAUUGGAGCAGCGCAUACCCACUUUUUAUUGGACUCCUUGUGCAGCUCAUUGCCUUGAUCUUAUGUUGGAAGAUAUCGGGAAAUUGUCUGUUUUCCGGGCAAAGAUUGACAAUGCAAGAAGAGUUACUACCUAUAUGUAUAAGCAUGUAAGGCUCCUUAAUGCGAUGCGGGAGAAGACGGACGGCAAUAAUCUUGUGAGACCUGGGCCUACCCGAAUUGCUACUUCAUUUUUGACUUUGCAGAGCUUAUAUAAGCAUAGGGAUGCUUUGAGGAGCUUAUUUUUUAGCGAAGAUUGGACUGCAUCGAAAUCGACUAAUACAAAUGCCGGAAGAUUAGUAGCAAACACGGUAUUGUUUUCUCCUUUUUGGACUGGUGUGGAGUAUUGUAUAAAAGCAUCGCAUCCACUUCUAAUUGUUUUGAGGAUCGUUGACUGGGAUGAGAAGCCAGCAAUGUCGGAGCUUGCAGUAGCGAUGAAUGAAGCUAAAAGAAAAUCAAAGAAGAUUUUGAAAAAAAGCCAAAUUUGUUGAAAGAAGUUAUGCUCGUAAGGCACGAGCUAUGUUUAAUGAUGUUCUUGAAAAAAUGGUCAUUGAUGAUGAAUUGCAAACAAAGAUUUGUGAUCAAGUCGAUGAUUAUGAUAAUAUGUGGGGAAGCUUCGGAAAGCAAUUGGCUAUUAAGCAACAAAAGGCAAAAAGUCCUCGUAAGUGCUUAAUUUUUAUAAUUUCUAUUUUAUUUAUUUAUUUUCCAUUUUUCUUUAAAGAUCGAACUAAACAUAUUUUUUUAAUGUUUUACAAUUUUAGUUGAUUGGUGGAAUGCUUUUGGAGGCCUUCAUUUCGAGCUUCAAUCAUUUGCCUUCCGUAUAAUUAGUCUUUGUUGUUCGUCCUCCGGGUGUGAACGCAAUUAGAGCUCAUUUGAAUUUGUAAGUAUUUAAUUACUUAUAAAUAAGCAUUAUUGCUACUGUAGUCAUAUACUAAUAUAUUAUAAUUUAUUUUUUAUAGAUUCACACGAAAAAACGAAAUAGAUUGAAGCAUAAGAGAUUGAACGAUUUAGUUUUCGUUCAAUACAAUCGAAAAAUUGCGAAUAGAUUUCAAAAGAGGCGCGAUGAAGGAAAGAACUUCAAUUCUUUGGUGUUGGAGGAAUUUGAAUGGAAUAAUGAGUGGGUUCUUGACACCAAUGAUAUAGUUCAUUCGGGAGAGGAUCUUACAUAGAGUCGUGUUGAUGAAGCUAUGGGUGCAUCGGCCAAUCUUGAAUGCCGCAAUAUUCCUAGAAGGGGAAAUAUCGGAGAUACAUCGGGUUCAUCAAUACAAUUAUACUCUAGACGUCGUAAGAAAACGUCAACUUCGGCAUUGAUGGAGCAAGAAUUAGACGAUGAAGAUGUAUCAUUAGAUGAUGACAUUGAGGAUGAUGAUUUGGAAGAUAUUCCUAGUGGUAGUGGUGGACUUGAGCUCUUUGAUUGUUGAAAUUUGAGAUGAUUAAAUUGGUGGCUUAGAGAUUCAUGGAUAGUAUUUUGUUUUGUUUGAUGAUUGAAAUUAUAUUUUUUAUGGUAUUAUGUUUCUUUUUAUGAUUUAAGGCAUAUGUUAUUUAUAAUUAUAUAUAUCUAUUUAAUUUUAUACAUAUUACGCCUCGUUCGCCAUUUUGUCCCCAUAGCGGGCGCCAUGUCGCCAUGGCGGUAUGGCGGUCCCCUAGCGCUGCGCCGCAAAAGGGCGCCGUGACAACCAUGAUGUUAAGUACAAUAAUGCAAAAGGUAAAUGUGACCCUUAGAGACGGACGGAGCGAGUAAUAUUUAAACAUAAUUAUAAUUCUUUUCCCAAAAACCAUAACUAUGUUAGGGCGAAAUUAGGAUUUCAAACCCAUUCCACAAAUUCUACAACUGUCAACUUAAAAUACUAUAAUAAUCUUCGCAUAAGCCCUAGGGGACAUUAUAAUAAUCUAUCUAGAAGAAAUUAGCAAAACCUAAUACGUUUAGGGCAAACUCAUUUGAAAAUAAUUUUGGAAAAUAUCAACAUAAGGAGUCUAGGGAUUAGAACAUAUCAUUUAUCUAAAAUUAAUCCCACUUACCUUAAGAGAAGAGACCAAAAUGAAAGUUUCGGAGAAGAAGAAUUCCAAGGAAGAAAAGGACGCGGUUGGAAC